UUGCAUUUCGAUACAUUCAUGUCUAUCGGUGGACGCCUUUGAACACUUGCCGCUUUUACUGUGUUUGUUUUUGAACAAUUUUCUUACAAAAAUGGCUGCAAAUCUAGCAAAUAUUUAUGCCGAAUUAAUGCGCAGAUAUGGGGAAGACUAUACUAUUACGUAUGGACCUCCGCCCACGUACCUGGGCAGCAUAGCUGGGGCCGGUGAAGUUGGGAAAAAGAUCGUGCUCGUUUUCAAAGAGGAUCGCAAUGCAGCGGCGUCCAAAAUCAAAACGACGCCCACAAAACUGCUGCAAAAAAUAGAGGGAACCUCCGAGUUGGAUCUGACAGGCAGUCCCUUGAAGGAUGAUUGCAUUGUGGAUGCAAUUGCCGACCUCUCGCUGGAUCUGCAACUGGUGAGCUCACAUCCCUGGAAGCUGGAGGAGGAGUUUCAGCGCGGUAUGACCGUGGACAAGGCGCGCGGCAUCAUCUGCACCGAGCAUUUUCAGCAUGCCGAUGGCUUGGGGUCCGUCUGGUUCCUGUGCGAUGGCAGCGACCAUGGUCAGACCCAGUUGCUGCAGUACGAGUUCAAUAAGACGCACUUCUCGCGCGGCAUCCUUAGCUACCAGGGGGUGCUUCCGGCAUUUAUGGUCACUUCGCAGUCCCUGGUGCGUCAGCACUCGAUAGCAGGCGGGGCGCCUAUGGAGACUUCCAUUGAAAACAGAUAUCAGGUCAAUCCAAAAAUGACGCUGCGCUGCUCCUGGGUCACGUCGUCUCCACAGCCCCAGCUGGUCAACCUGCGCGAGUGCGAGGUGGCUCUCUCGCACACAUUUCGCGUCGGCGAUUGCAGUUCUUUGACGCAGGACUUCAUGAACCAGCUGCGUAUUCUGGUCUAUAUACGCGAGGACAUCGUUAGCUACCAUAAUGACGAGCGGCAGGGCCUUAUCCGGGACCCCACAUAUCGCUGUGGCAGCGGCAUUGAUAUGGAUGAGCUGCGCGACUCGAUUAACAAGACCAUGACGGAUGUUUCCGACCUAAUGGAUACGUACAUCACUGGCGCUUCCGAGUUCGAUAUUGAGGAGGUGGUGCAUCGGGCCAAGGGCAGGCGGCUCACGGAUCUCACCGACAAGCUGUGGGAGCUGCUCAAGUGCUGUGGUUCCUACAAGGAUCUGAAGAUGGCCUUCAAUAUGCUCUUCCAGUGCGCCGCUCGCUGCAACAUUGUGAAUACACCAACGAACAAGAACCGCUUGGCGGAGAUCAUCACAGAGUUGGCCAAUCGCCGACUGGCCAUUCCUUGCCUCAGUGGCGCCGAGGCACUAGAACUGCUUCUGGAAGUUGGCCUGGAGAAGGUGUACAAGGACUACGAGUUUAUCUACACGGAGAGCAAGAUGUGCAGCACCAAUCUGCUUAAGGAGUCGUCAGAAACGGCAGAUGGGUCGCCCCAGAAUGUGCCGCAGCUCCGCAAAUCCCUGCACAACGCCGUCCGAGGAGACGCGACGCCAGGAGGUGGCAUGCGUAAGACUCUGCUGCAUCUCGAUGCGGACAGCAGAGCGACGGCCGUCAAAUAUGGUGACGACGAUGUGGCCGGGAUCAAAAAUAGUCACUUUGAUGAGCACGAGAGCAUGGAGCGGAUCUCGAAACUGUUCCAAAUCCAUUGCACCAUGGAGCAUCUGCUGAUGAUACACAUUCACCUGAAUCUGCCCAAUGUCUACAGCGAUGUCUGCUCUGAGCUUUUGAAAAAGACCCCUAAGCAGGUGGAGGCUAUUGAUGACCAGCUAAGCGACGUGAUGGACAUUCACCUGGCGGCCCAUUACGUUCGCGACCAUCUCGAUGGCAAGGAGCCCUACUCGCGGCAUAUCACAAUGAAGUCUGUGAACAAAUUCCGCGAACUCCAGACCACAUUUUACUUUAAUUCGGAGAACAUUUGUCCGCCACAGCUGGCUCAGUGCUUUCAGUGUGAUGACAAAGAACUGGUCAAGGAACGCACCUACCAUUCCUGGCUGUAUCGCAAAAUACGCACACUGAAAUGAGACGGCGUGGCCAAUGCAAUAACUCCCUUCGUUUGUAAUAUUUUGAGCAUGUUUUGUUAAUCCUAAAUUAUAUCCUAUAUGUAUACCCCAA